AUGACGAUGGAUAAACUAUCACUGAAACAAAUAUUGUCCGACGAUAAUUUGAUUGGAGGAGUCUCAGCUUGGAGGAAAAGAGAGUUUGAAAUGGUCAAUGGAUGGUCAAAUGCCUUCGUUAACUGGGGAGGAGAGGAUGACGACAUGAGUUCUAGAAUUAUUGCCAAUGGAUUGUCGAUAUACCGUUACAGAGAAUCAAUAGCUAGAUAUACAAUGCUGAAGCAUAGACGAACUCCCAUCAACACGGCUAGAUUCAAUCUUCUGAAAGACAGUCAAAGUCGAUUUCCAAUAGACGGACUAUCCAGUUUGGUGUACAUCCCUCCUAAAGUAGAAGUGUUUCAAUUAUUCACAAAAAUAUCUGUUAUAGUUUGA